AUGGAGGUCGUUGUCAGUAGGGAUUCGUUCGAAGGGUUAUAUUGUGUUAAAUGUGGCAUCCAGUGGCAUAGCCUCUUUAUUGUUGCUGAAGGUAGAACAACUCAUUCUCGCUUUAAGAUUCCUAUCAAUGUAAAUGAAGAUUCAAUGUGCAAUAUAAAACAAGGGAGUGUUCUUGCUGAGCUUAUCAUGCAAGCUAAGCUUAUUGUAUGGGAUGAAGCUCCGAUGAUUCAUAAGCAUUCCAUAGAAGCCGUUGAUAGGACUUUAAGACAUAUUUUGAGCGUGUGUAGUGAGUUCAGUAUGGACAAAUCGUUUGGUGGAAAACUGUGGUUUUUGGUGGUGACUUUAGACAAAUUUUGCUUGUUGUUCCUAAAGGAAUUUUCUUCUUGGGUUCCUUCUAUUGGAGAUGGAGUUGUUGGUGGUUCAAACGAUGGUGAAGUUGUUAUUGAUCUUCCUUCUGACAUUGUACUGUCUAAUACUGGAGGUCCUCUUAAAACCAUUGUUUCAAAGAUCUAUCCUUCUUAUAUGGAUCCUGAAGAGUUGAGCAAUUGUUUGUAUGAUCGUGUUAUACUUGCUCCCACGCUAGACGUUGUUGGUGAGGUUAACCAGUUCAUGAUUUCGUUGGAUCAGUCUCAAGGUCGAGUAUAUUUGAGCUCUGAUAGCAUUUCAAAUUCUGAUUCGACAUCGAAUGGUUCUGCUGAGAUACAUUCGGUUGAAUUUUUGAAUAAUUUAAAGUGUUCGGGUACACCUAAUCAUGAAUUGUUGUUGAAAGUUGGUACUCCUGUGAUGUUGUUAAGGAAUAUAGAUCACUCUAAUGGUUUGUGUAAUGACACCAGAUUGAUAAUUACACGAUUAGGUGAUUAUGUUUUGGAGGCUCGGUAUUGGGUGGCCAUAAUAAUGGUCAUAAAGUGUUGA